UGGAGUUGGGGGAAGGGGCGCUGUUUUCAUGAUCUCUUCUGAGGAGAGGCUCAUCUGCCCACACUGUGACAAUCCCUGGCGUAUAUCAAACUGUGGGGGGAAACCAAUAAAGAUGAAACUACUGACUAUAUAUGGCUGAAACAUCGGGGCUCUGGCACACACAUGCGCAACACAUUUAUGCCUCUGCUUGUUGCAGUGCACUCGACUGAGCAUUCUCCUCUCCUCCCUCCCACUCACUGACCGGAAUAGAAACCGAGUUACUUAGUCCGGCAAGACUUCAGGUUCUGUUUUCUGUUGUAAAAAUCGUUAGAUCUGUCGCUAAAGGGGUCUUAAAAGUCGCCAAAUCUGCGGAGAGGAGCUAAACUCUUGGGCUGAGGGACUGAGUUCACGCCAAGCUGGAGUUAUUUCCCGCGUUACAAAUAUUGAGCCAUCACUAACAGAGCUUUCUACUUGAGCGCUGUUGCCUUCUGGGCCCAUCUUCAGCUGUGAACUCUACUACAUCAAGCUCCAGUCAGACAUGUCAUCAGCAUAUGUUGCUACUAUAGCAGCCAUGCUUUCAUCUACCGCCUAUAAUCCACCCAUCAAUUACAGCCCUCGCCCCUCCCAAGACAAAACACGGCAUCCUAAACGCCCCCCCCAACCCAACAAAGCUGUCCACUGCCCUCCGUCUAUACAGACACACCCUCAUUUACUAGAGCCUCUGGGAUCUUAUGAGGAGCAACAGGAGAAUGCUGCAGACUAUGGCAUAGGUGGUUAUUACCCUGUGGAAAUUGGAGAGAUUUUUGUUGACCGUUACCAAGUUGUUAGGAAGCUGGGAUGGGGUCACUUCUCUACUGUAUGGCUCUGCUGGGAUAUGGUGAAGAGGCGUUUUGUGGCUCUGAAGGUGGUGAAGAGCGCUCAGAUGUUCACAGAGACAGCACUGGAUGAGAUCAAACUCCUGAAAUGUGUAAGGGACAGCGACCCCAAGGAUCCCAAGCGUAAGAGAAUCGUGCACCUCAUCGAUGACUUCAGCAUCUCUGGAAUGAAUGGAGAGCAUGUGUGCAUGGUUCUGGAGGUGCUGGGCCACCAGCUGCUGAGGUGGAUCAUCAAGUCCAAUUACACUGGGCUCCCUCUGCCAUGCGUUAAGAGCAUCAUCAGACAGGUUCUGCAGGGUUUAGAUUACUUGCACACUAAAUGCAAGAUUAUUCACACGGACAUCAAGCCAGAAAACAUCCUCCUGAGAGUGGACGAGGUUUAUAUUGAGAAACUGGCGGCCAACACCAAGCUCUGGCAGCUGCCAGUGUCCUCCGCUGUCGCCAGCUCAUCAGUGAAGAGAAACUCCAGAGUAAAACGCAGUUUGUUGGGGAGGCUGACUGGGGUGUUCCACACUCUUGGGGAGUGGUCCAGCAAGGUCUCCGGGAGCUCAAUUAAGAGACUGUCGAGGAAAGACAGGAGUCGACGAGGACAGGAGAGUGCAUCUGACCACAAACAAAGAGACAAUCCUCAUGUGUCAUUUUCUGAUGUCACUCCUCCUUCUAGCAACCAUAGUUCUACCUGUCACUGUAAGCUCACAGGCCCUCCCCUCACAUUUAGAAGGCAGACUUUGCUGUUGGAGGACAGACUGGAUUCUGCUCCACACAACCAGAGAGCCUCCAUCUGCUCGUGUCCAGAUCUCAGCAGAGAUGCACCUGUUUCUGUUUCUAGAUCAGUGUUGUUACAUCAGGGUGCAGACAGAGAGCUGCUACCUUCACCAUCCUCUCCCUGUGGCAUCAGUGACUCAGAUGCACUUCUGGACCUACUGAGGCCUCAGAAUGCUGAGAAAAUUCUCAUCAAGAUAGCUGACCUGGGCAAUGCCUGUUGGGUGCACAAACACUUCACUGAAGACAUCCAGACAUGUCAGUACCGCUCUGUGGAGGUCCUGAUUGGUGCUGACUACGGCACACCAGCCGAUAUCUGGAGCACUGCCUGCCUGGCUUUUGAGCUGGCCACAGGGGACUAUCUGUUUGAGCCCCAACCAGGAGCCUCAUUUUCCCGGGAAGAAGAUCACAUUGCCCACAUCAUUGAGCUGCUGGGACCCCUUCCAUCUCAGUUUGCCCUCUCGGGGAAAAACUCAAAGCGAUACUUUAACCGUAAAGGGCAACUGCGGCACAUCUCAAAGCUCAAGGCAUGGAGCUUGUUUGAAGUCCUGCUGGAUAAGUACGAGUGGCCCCAGGAGGAAGCCAGCCAAUUCAGCUCAUUUCUCCUGACCAUGUUGGAACUGCUGCCAGAGAAAAGAGCCACAGCUGCCCAGUGUCUGAAACACCCCUGGAUUGUCUCCUAAAGACAGUGGCUCGGUGUUGUUCAGGGCCCAGUGAAAAAUCUCGCUUUUUGAGAGCAGAUUCUGACACACUGGACACAACAUAGGACUGAGAGAUGGAUGAGAUGGAUUUAUUCAGACAGCACUGUUUCUCUCUCUCUCUCUUUCUCUAUACCAACUUGAAGGAUUACCCUGAUGAUUCUGUGAGGUGCCAUUUAGGCCAUAAUCCAUGGGUCCUGGACCGCUCACACACAUAUAUACUCCCCCCGUAGGGUUGGGAUUGUGUACAUGAGUACACAUGUACGUGUUGGCCAUAUCGUAAUCGUUUAGGCAACAACUGACUCGGCUUUAGAAAAAAAAAGCCAGAGUUCCAGGGUUCAUAAAAAGUGCCGCUGGUAGGAGUAUAUUUUAUAGUUUUCUAGAACCACCAGCCGCCAUGAGAAAAAAAAAAAGUUUCUUGUUAUAACCAGAAGCCUUUCUCCUUAUAACAUGAUACUUUUCUCUUUUUUUACGAGAUAUGUUCACCUUUAAAACAUGACUUUUCUCAUUAUUACAACACACUGUACUUUCUCAUAAUAACGAGCCCUGCACAGCUUGGAGUGAGUGCAGCGCACACACUCACUUUAAGCAGUAGCUUUACCGUAGCUCAUUCAGUUCAACAGCCUCUGGCUCAUCAACACCCUCCCAUACCAACUUUUCACACAGUGACCAGCAGUAGGUGUGCUCCUGUCCAUGAACAUCUCUGCUCUGACUGUUAAAUCCACAUACAAUAAUUAGCCCACCAAAUAACACAUGAAUGCAGCUCAUGAGCAAAAACUCAUGUCCCGAUGAUAAUACAGGCAUUAUUGGCAGCAGGUGACUUCAUUGUGUGCACUGUUGUCACUCACUCCAAGCUGUUGCAGACUCACAUUAGGAAGCAGAAAUAAUAUGAUCCUGUCUGGAGGUGUUAAUACAUGUUAUAUAGCUCCUCAGGCCAUACAUUUGAAACUGUAUUUCUAUAUAUAGACUAUAUGCUGAUUGUGCAUCGACUGCCAGACACAGUGGCCUAAAACUUGAGCAAAAUCAUUAAAAAAAUGUAUGUAUGCUGCAUACAGGAUUAUGGCUGCAGGUGCCACUGCUCAUUUAUAUACCUUUCCACUAUUUCCUAGAGUGUUCAUAGCUCACUUCAGCUCUGCGGAUCGCACAGGCUGACCCAACUUCUCCCCUUCUGGUGUGGGUUGAAUAUAACUCACACAUCACACUAGAGAAAAGUGCAUCCACUCACAACAAUAGUUUAUCAGCUUUUAAUGACACAUGGAACCCAUUUU